GUCAGACAACGUUUCAGGAAUUGUUUGCAGCCUUAUACUUAGUGAUGGAGUCUCAGAUAUAAAGCUGGCAAACCUGACAGAGAUGAUAGAGAUCUAUUUGCCUCAGCCAAAUGCAUCCACACCGCUGAACACUACUGUUGUGUUGGAGAAAGACACAAAAGCGAUAACCAUCUUCGAAGUCUCAGACCCUAAUGUGACCAUCUUCUUCAGCGUGAUGCCCAGUGCCAAUGUGUCUUUAGUUCUAGUGCUGUCUAAAGGGUCACCUAAUGGUUCAUAUUCAGGCCGCAGAACCACCAAUACCACCUUGACACAAAUAGGAGACUAUCGCUAUAUGAUAACCCCAGAGAUGUUACAGCAGACCCCUGGUGUCUGGUAUGUUAACAUCACACUCAAUUCCACCUGGAAGCCGGGCCUGACACUGAUCAUCACUUCUUUUAUGAGCAAGUGCUUGUACUGGAACACAGACAGGGAUACAUGGAGCACUGAUGGCUGCAAGGUGGGAGAGAAAAGCACUCCAGAGCAAACACAGUGUCUUUGUAACCACUUGACUCUCUUUGGGAGCUCCUUCUUUGUGAUGCCGAACAAAGUGGACCUAUCUCGAACAGCAGAGUUGUUUGCCACUGUGUCUCAGAACUAUGUGGUGCUGGCACUGCUGUGCGCUUUCUUCGGCCUCUACCUGGUCACUCUGCUGUGGGCCUGCUAUGCUGACCGCAGGUCACACUCUAAGAGGAAGGUGACUCUGCUGGAAGACAAUCACCCGGGUGCUGGGUACAACUAUCUGAUCAGUGUCCAUACUGGCCAUCGCAAGAAUUCUGGGACUACAAAUGUGACAGUGAAGCUGACUGGCACAGAGGGAGAGAGCAACACACACAACCUCACAGAUCCCGACAAGCCUGUGUUUGAGAGAGGCGCUGUCGAUAUAUUCCUUUUGGCCACUCCCUUCCCACUGGGCGAAGUGCGAAACAUCAGGCUGCAGCACGACAACUCUGGAGGUAUAAACAAGGUGACCGUUCAAGACCUCCAAACACGACACGUGUGGCACUUCCUCUGUGACUGCUGGCUGAGUGCUGACCAUGGAGACGGCAUGACUAAAAAAACUUUCAAUGCUGCAAAGAACAACGAGAUUGCCAGCUUCAGAAAUAUUUUCCAUACCAGAACAUCGACUGGCUUUAGGGAUGAACACAUCUGGGUGUCCGUAGUGGAUCCUCCCUCACGUAGUCCGUUCACACGUGCCCAGAGGGUGUCUUGCUGCAUGAGUCUGCUCCUCUGCACCAUGGCCAUCAAUAUCGCCUUCUGGAACCUUCCUACAGAUCCGGCCUCGCCAGUAGUCUUUGGAAUCGGUUCAUUGCAAAUCACCUGGCAGGAGCUCAUGGUUGGGAUAGAGAGUGGUCUUCUCAUGUUUCCAAUCAACAUCCUCAUCAUCACCAUCUUCCGAAGCAUCAAACCUCGUAUAACUUCAAGAUCUCUAAAAGGUGACUCUGAGGAGAACUUGAAACCCCGCGCAGUUACCACACCAGCUAUUCUGAAGGAUACAGAGGAGGUGAUUUCGUUGGUGAGCAGAAGUGCGGGAACAAGAU